UUAAACUAUUUUCGUUCCUAGCGCAGUCCGCUCCUCAAGCUGUAAACAAAACCUGCCCUCCCUCUCUAACCAGAAAAUGCGCUGUCUCUCUUCCUUCUCUCUCUUUCUUCUUCCCCCUCCUAACUCAGAGUUUCGCCUUCUUCUCUGCAAUUGCUCUCUCUCUCAAACUUCACCUUAAUUCAAUCCCAACAUAACCCAUCACUUUCCUUCUCUUUCUUCUUCGGUCCCAUUUACACUUUUGCCUACUUCUUCGUCUCUAGCUCCCCGAUACCUAGAAAUUAAUUAUCAGCAAUACUAUCUAGCCAGGGGAAAUUUAACCAUGCACCAUUUCUGCUCUCAUCUCUCCUGCUCUUCUUAGUAUAGCGCCUUUCCUUCUCCAAGCCUUGCAGAUUCACGUGUCCUUGUGGAUCAUUUUCAGCUUUUCGUUUGUUACAUAGUUACGAGGGAAACCCUAGCUAGCAUCACAAAUCUCAGCCUCCGCGAGGUCUGAAUCUAAUCCCGAAAAGCUCAAGAUCUGCUUCGUUUCCCGCAUGGAUUUGGUUUCGGAAACCACGGAGGCAGUGAUCAGCAACCCCAACACUCCAUCGUCGGCGUCAACAACUCCAAGCCGUUACGAGAACCAAAAGCGUCGCGACUGGAACACUUUCUGCCAGUACCUCAGAAAUCACCGUCCUCCACUGUCCCUGUCCAUGUGUAGCGGGGCUCAUGUGCUGGAAUUCCUUCGCUAUCUGGAUCAGUUUGGGAAGACCAAGGUUCAUUACCCAAGCUGCCCCUUCUUCGGCAUCCCCAAUCCUCCGGCUCCUUGCCCUUGCCCUCUACGGCAGGCCUGGGGUAGCCUCGACGCCCUCAUCGGCCGCCUCCGUGCCGCUUACGAGGAGCACGGUGGUGCUCCGGAGUCCAACCCCUUCGGUGCUCGUGCCGUCCGACUCUACUUGCGCGAAGUUCGUGACUUCCAGGCCAAGGCCAGGGGAGUUAGCUACGAGAAGAAGAGGAAGAGACCUAAGCCGAAGAUGCUGCCUUCCCCAAGUAACAUUGAUUCCACUACGGCUACUCCGUUUUAGUGGAGAUCGAUGGAGAAUCAGGAAUAAAUAUCCUUGAUUAUAUCCACAAUAUAUAUAUAUAUGGUCCCCCCCCCCCCCCCAAAACACAAAUUUCUUUCUUCGUGAUCUUUCCAAGUCGCUGAAGUAACUAGCAAGAGCCCAAGUAAUUAGGUACUUUUCGUUUUCCGAAGACGUGUCUUUGUUUUAGAUCGUCGAGAAUUCAGAGGCCCGUGUCCCUCGAAAUUGUCAUGAGUUGGCGAAAUAGGAAUAGAGGUCGAAUUACCACAGGAGCUCUCUUCCGAAUAAUCAAUUGUUGUGCAGAAGAGGCGACUACUGUUUGUGCUGAAAUAUCAUGAUACAUAGUGUAUCUGUGAGCCGUGUAUACUUAAUCUGUACUUUAUCUAAUAUAAAUUGCUGUUCUUAUUGUAAAUGAUUAUAUUUCGCAAUGGAUGAUAUUUUACUUGCAUCGGUACUCUACCGGUGUAUUUGCAUAUAUAGCUGCUGGUUGCUGGAUGUGUUUUCGA